AUGGAGAACAUAUACAAGCAUUAUCAAAGCUUCGCAUUCUCACUCUUUGGAUCAACCGCAGUCCUCAAAGGAGACAAAAAUGGAAGCAAGUCUACCGAUAUCCCUUCCUUUACUGAUAGUGAUUGGCAACGUCUAUCUCAGAUUCAUCGCAUACUCACUAAGUUCAAUGAACUUACAUUAUUUGUGUCGAAACGGAGACCACAAAUUAGCCUUGCUAUCCCAGUUUAUUAUGGACUUUACGAUCUACUAUCUGAAGGUUCAGAAUUACAAGGGUCCUUCAAGGAAUUAGAUCCUGAUAUUGCUUCUGCAUUGAAAGAAGGUCUGAAAAAGUAUAUGAAAUAUUAUACUUUUAUGGAUGAAUCUGAGAUCUACUACACCGUAUUGAUUCUAGAUCCCAGGGUUAAAGGAGAUCUCAUUCUAAAAGAGUUAGAGGAUAAGGAAGCUGGCAAUCUGAUUCUUCAAGCUACUCAUGAUAGUUUACAUCAAAAAUACCUACCUACAAGAAGUGAAUUGCCGACACCUUGCCGAUAUUUUGCCGAUAUAGUAUAG